UUGAGGAAGCUGACGACUGACAAGCAUGUGGGAAGGCAAUGUAUAAAGCUCAGAAAUUUGUAGUUUGAUGCUCAGCUACUAUUUUGGAUUCAUUCCUGUAACCAGCAAAAAGCUGCGAACAGUACUCUGUGUCUGGACACCAACAUUAACAUUUCAUUUUACGGGAGAUAUGAAGUCGUGUAUUAUUGUUCUAACCCUUUUGAUUAAUAUACACCUUGGCAGUGCAUGGAGAGCACAGUACGCAGUGGACUGCCCUGAACGUUGUGAUAGCCAUGACUGCAAAAGCACUACACGCUGCAAGAGGACCGUGCUGGAUGACUGUGGCUGCUGCAGAGUCUGUGCCGCAGGUGUUGGCGAAACCUGUUACCGUACAGUUUCUGGCAUGGAUGGAGUUAAAUGCGGGCCUGGUUUAAAGUGCCAGUUCUUUACAGAAGAAGAUGACUUUGGUGAUGAAUUUGGAAUUUGCAAAGAAUGUCCAUAUGGCACCUAUGGGAUGGAGUGUAGGAGAACCUGCAACUGUCAGUCUGGCAUAUGUGACAGAGUGACGGGAAAGUGCCUAAAAUUUCCAUUCUUUCAACUUACUGGGGGAAAGUCAGCAAGUAAACUAAGGCUUGUUUCUCAUACAGAUUCCGACACUUCUUCUGGUGAUGGAAACAAUCUCAAAGAAGAAUUUGCAAAAGAGAAAACUGUUCGAUCACCUGGAAUAAAAUGGCUAAAUCCACGCUGAUUGAAAAAAAAAAAAUUAAAAAAAAUGUAAGGACUUUUGAAUGGAUUAAGUGCUUAUUUGUUUCUAAAUAAGGCAAAUGAAAAGCACCAGAACAACCUGGAUUUGUAAUAAAACUCUGAAGAUUUCAGUACAUUGAUUAAUUUAUAAUAUGCAAGAAAGCAUUAAUGACUUCAGAGUUUAUGCAAGAAGUUUGUUCUAUGAUGCAAAAAUUCUUAUCAAUCUUUUGUAAAUUUAAAGUAAUAUAAAAUUAUUUUGGAUCAAUUUCAAAGGUUUUUCAAUUGUCUUGUAAAGGUGAUAUAAUUC